UUAAAAUUUUUGAAUUUUAUUUUAAUUUGCAUUAUAUAUGAACCACAGAUGGUGCGGGGAUUUAUGAGUGUCUAUGAAUGUCUGUUUUGUUUAUUAUUCUCUCCCGUUGAAACAGAACAGAAAAACACCAUGUUGAACAGCCGUAAGACCCUUGAAACCGUUCCGUUCUACCAAAAACCCGAAACGUUUCACUUGUCCGAAACUUUUCGGUUUCUCUCCGAGACUCCAUCAUUUUAUGGUUCUUACUUGGGAACCCACCUCGCAAUUUCAGUUCCUAACCAAUUAAAGCUUCAAAACCCACCAACACCAAGCCAUCUUGUUCACGAUUCAAAUUCAAUCUCCGCCACCAAGUUUUCUCCCUGUGGAGCCCACCAUGCAGAACCCGAAAAGGCACCCGAGACCGAAUCACCCCCUCCUCCGGUUCUUGAUGGAAUUGCCGCCGUUGUCGGCCAACACGUCCUCUUCGGCGGCAAACAGAUUAAUCAAAGUGUUUCCGACGCUGCCAAAACCCAAAUUCCGGAUUUCGUUUCAGUUUCGGUUUCGCAGCGUUUGAGCAACGAAAACGCGAAAUUACCAAGCGAGAAGAAGAGUACCAGAAACAACAUAUCGGUGCAGAAGAACUACAGAGGAGUGAGGAAGAGACCCUGGGGGAGGUGGUCGGCAGAGAUAAGGGACAGAAUCGGACGGUGCAGACACUGGCUGGGGACGUUCGACACGGCGGAGGAAGCGGCGCGUGCUUACGACGCGGCGGCGAGGAGGAUGAGAGGCUCGAAGGCUCGGACCAACUUCGAGAUUCCGUCGGUAUUGCCACUGUCUUCGCCAUUAUCGUCUUCGUCUUUUGAUGCAAAGAAGUCGAGCACUGGUGGUAAAGCGGCCAAAGCGGCACACAACAACAACAAUAACAAGAAGAAGUGCUCGGUUGUAACAUCGGUUGCUCAUCUGUUCAGUGCUAGUCCCGUAAUUAAUCAGCAUCAUGAUCAUCGUCAAAAUGGUAUUCAUGGUAACGUGGAGCUUGACUUGAAACUGAGCGUCACUAACAGAAAUGAACCCAAAAUGUAGAAGAGAAUCAUGGUCAUGGUUGGUUUUUUUUUUUUUCUUUUGUUAAUUUAUUUUGGUUUGGUUUUUGGUUGGUGUUAAUUAAUUACUAGUAGUAGUUUUGCAUGCAGUUAUGGGGAAUGAGAGGGAGGAUAAAAUCUGUAUGCUGCAUGUGCAUGAAAAAAGCAAGGACUUUUUUGAAUAUAUAGAAAAAUUGACUGACACUAGCGCUGUAGUGAUUAAAAAUCCCGAUCCUUAAUAUAGUGAAAAAAAAAAAAAAAACUGAUAGUGUUUUGCUACUACUACUGCUGCUACUACUUCCUGAGGCAUUUCUUCUCUCUUAUUAUCUCUUUGUUAGCCGUGUGGUUUGGUUCGAGGCUCAGCUUAUGCAUGUUUUAAGACUUUUUAGUAUAUAUUUUAGUUUGGGUUAUAUUUUAUUGGUCUUAGAAAAAAGGAGAUUUCUCAUUCAGCCAGGCUCUGCCUCGAGGAUAUUGAA